ACACACACGGACAGACACACACACACACACACACACACACACACACGGACACACACCCUCACACACUCACAGUGGGACUAUAUUUGGGAGUGAGCGCAGUGAGAAACAGUUGAUGACGGAGCUGCUGGAUGUUUCUGACAAACACCGGUGACAACAAACAGCUCAUCGUUAACCGGAGGAAUCUGCACGUGAACGGGGAAAUCCAGUGUAAAGAUGUUCUGAUCGAGCUGCAGAGCCCUGAAAACAAACAGACAUGAUCCCUUAUUCUCCCUGAGGAACUGACCAAUCAGCAGGCAGGAUGAUGCCCAAGCAGCAGCUGGCUCAGACAUCUCCUGGGAGCGUGUUGUCGCUGAGAGCGACCAGCAUCCCGGGAUCCCCCGCCGCUGCCAUCGUGGCUCGAGUGGAGGACGGGGUUAUCGGCUACAAGGACUUGGCAGCGUUACCGAGAGACAAAGCCAUCCUGGACAUAGAGAGACCAGACCUGAUGAUCUACCAGCCGCACUACAGCUACAGCCCUCUGGAGAGGUCCUUGUCUCCUCGCUCCAUCUCUCCUCCGCCCUCCCCAGAGAAGGAGUCCAGGGAGUGGCUGGAGAAAUGUUCUCCCGGAGGUUCCUCCCCUUGUUCCACCAUCCAGACCAGCAGAACACACAGCUCGCACACGCCGUCCACACCGCACACACCUAACACGCCAAACACGCCGCAAACACAGUCCAGCGGUAUCAAGAGUGGAGCCAUGCACCACUUCCACAGGCCUGAAAACGGCACCAACAUCUACAAGAAGCCUCCGAUCUACAAACAAGAUGUGUCGUCCUCUCAGGUCCCUCAGGGGAAACACAUCGAGGAUCUGAUCAUCGAGUCGUCAAAGUUUCCAGCAGCUCAUCCUCCGGACCCGAACCUGCCCUCCAAGAUAGAGACAGAGUAUUGGCCCUGCCCCCCAUCGCUGGCUGUGAUUGAGAAGGAGUGGAGGAAGAAGGAGCAGCGGGAUGGAGAUGAGGAGGAGGACGGAGAGCUGGACGAUGAGCUGUGGGGACUCAGAGCUCUUCAGAAACAGGAACUCAACAAGAUUCAGUCAAAUCUGGGAAAAAUCAUCCUGAAGGAGGAGUUGGACAAGUCUGCAGCUCCUCUGAGGAGGAAAACUCGCUCACUGCCGGAUCGCAGCCACAACACAGGCUCCAACGCCUCCAAGUCUGUUUACUUCCCAGCGUCCUCUAAGAGCGGCCUGUCCAGGGUGAGAACAGCUCCACAGAAUCGUCCAAUCACAGCACAGAAUAACCAUGAAGGUGAUCAACAUGUUUACUCCAGGAUGGACCGAGGAAACUCUCUCCCCAGCAUGUUGGAGCAAAAAGUAACAGCAAUCUACCCUUACGAGACGCUGGUGGUGACUCACAGAGGGCGGAGCAAACUUCCUCCCGGUGUGGACAGAACCAGGCUGGAGAGGCACCUCUCUCAGGAGGAGUUCUUCAGUGUUUUCGGGAUGUCCAUCGAGGAGUUCGACCACCUGUCUCUCUGGAAGAGGAACGACAUGAAGAAGAAAGUCUGUCUCUUCUGACUGACCGCACUGGGACUGCAUCUCCCACAAUCCCCCGCUCCUUCUGGAUCUCUGCAGGAUCCUGAAAACCACACAGACUCUGAACAUGAAACAUCACUAUCAGCACCGCCGCCAUCAUCGUCACAGUGAGACGCUCGGGAUGCGUCUCAGGCUUCAGGUUUGAUGUGAUUCACAGUGAAGCGUUUGAGGAGAAAAACACAGAGUGAGUUUAGAUUUCUGCUGCACACAAACUCCGCCUGUUUCAACGCAGAGCUGCAGAGCUUCUGUUCAAUAAGCUUCAGUUUGUAGAUGUCCGUGGAAACGUAUUUAUAAAAAAAGUAGUGAGCGAGCACAACAGAUAGAGUCACCAUGAGGGAGCACAGAACAACCGCAGGAUUUCAUUAAUCACCUCAAGGUUUGGAGAGAACUUGUAUUUAAACUCUGAGCACAUCAACUCAACAUGCUUAUGUAGAGUUCUCCUUUUAAAGCUCAGACACAAAAAAAAGUAUGGACUACAUUCAUUUAAAAGGACGUUCCAGUCUCUAUACUUCUGGCCCUAUUUUUGCAUAUCUCGGGGUCUUAAUUGCUUCAGUAGUUUUCUUCAGACGGCGGCCCUGAAACAGGCUGUAAUGUCUCCAACGGAAGACCUUCCAAACAAUCACAGGCUUUGAUUGUUAUUCUAAGAGUCUGACAACAUAACAGAGAGGAUCCCUAUAGAGAUAGACAUUUAUCUUUAAGAGGGAGAUGUUUUAUAAACCGAAAACAGGUGUUACUGCUUUCUUAUUAAAGCCACCACAUGCCAUUGAAAGAAACAGUAUUUUUGAUUGCCCGUGCAGAACAGGAGGCUGGCUUUUCUCUCGCUGCUGCUUCUAAUAAUGUCACACAAAUUGUGAUGAUUUGCCAGUUGCUGGUGAAAGUUGGAUUGGACAAGGCAGGUGGUAAGAGAGGUAUUUAUAAAGGACAAGGGUAGAUCGAGUAGUCGGUUGGACGGUGUGUUUAGGGCUGAGGAUAGCAGGUAGAGGCAAAGAGGAAAAGGGAACAAAAGGUUCAGAUCUGACAAAAAAAAACACAGAAGAUCAUGCAAAAAAAACAAACACAAAACUGGAGAGGAUGAACUGUUGUACCACUAGUGAAGCUGAAACUAGCAGCUUGUAGGAGACGCAGGUGAGCUGAUAAGCUGCUCCUAAUGAGGUCAGAUGCGCUGCAGCUGUGCCAGCAGGAAGCCUCAGACAACAAACUUCAGCCUCUGCUCAAAGGAAGAAAAGAACAAACAACACACUGCACUGAUAACGAUGAGAUGGACACGAAAAAUAAACACAGAAAGUCCAAACUGUGCCACAAAUAUUCAAAUCAAUUCAAAGUUGUGCUCUAAAAAACAAGACAAAAAAAGAGUUCCAAGAAAUAUUAUUUCAAAAGGAAUGAGACAGACGUGUUGUGGCACUUAAAGCAGAUUCAAGAUGCUCACGUUGUUGCUCAGUUGUUUGGUUGUAGUGGUGGAAUUCUGGGAAAUGAAGUUCAGCUGUUAAUCUGACUGCAGGUUAAAUGUUAGUGCCACUACUUUUAGAAUUUCAGGUUUUUUCCACAAAAUAAAAGAUGACCCCCCCCCCCCCCCCCCGCUGUCUGCAGGGUUCGACUGACAUGUUGAGACUGAGACAGCGUGAACUUUGUUGUAUUUCUGCUGUUUGAGAUUUAUUUCCACUGGACUGGUUUUAUUCAAACUGAAGGACUGAAGUAAAUGUUUUUAUAAUCAAGCUUCCAGCUGUAGUCGAGCUUCUAAAUAACAUUCCUGCUGACUCCGAGUCAGGUUUAGAUACAGAGAAGAUGCUGACACUAGGAAUGAACCUGUUAGCGGUCCUUUUAAAGGACUCUUCCUAUUGGCUAAGCCAGCUAUGAUGUCAUAAUGACAGAAUUUCUUACCCAGCACCAAAAGAAAGAAUAAGGAGGCAAUUUGAUCACAGUCUGAUUUAAAAAAAAAAAAUGCUAAUCUUGCUAACUUUUAGCUAAUCUUGCUAACUAUUAGUUAUUAAAAAGAAGCUACUAUUAUGCUGUUGAGCCCUGAAUCAUUAUUUUGACAUGUGGACUCUUCGUACCAAACAGAUUAGAAAUUAAACGCUCGGGUGUUAGCUCUACAUCAGCAAGCUAACAUUGACGAUUGCUAACAACAACAAAGGUUCAGCAUGUUAACUUUUAACCAUUUGCCUCCCAUGAGUUCAGCUGAAACUACUCAGCGAUAGUCGUAAAUAAUUAAAGUGUAAUCCUAAACUAUAACAAACCAAUUUGAACCAAGUCCUCGACUAAAACAGCUUUUAUACACAAGGGGAGGAGCCGGCCGACCCGUCCAUGUAAACACGUCUCUGACAACAAUACAGCCAGCGGGACUCGAGCUUCUCCCUCAUUGUAGACAGUCAUGACUCAGAGACACAUUUACACAGGAUAGACUGGAUCUCUGCCGUAUAUUGCACAUUCUUCCUGGAGUGUUUUUUUAGGAACUCCUAGUUCAAGCACUAAAAUAAAAACUUUAUAAAACGUCACAUCAGGGAGCAGAUUAAACCUUCACCAGUUAAAGUCAGCUCCCAUUGGCUGUGAUCAAACUGCCUCCUCCUUGUUUUUUCUUUCUUCAGCAAAAGCCACUGCCCUGUACUAUAUAUAAGAACACUGCACACACACACACACACAGAAGGUGUUUUCAGACCAAAUGGUUCUGGGGAUAUUUGGAAGAGGAACUAUCCACCAAGGAGUUCCCUGAGAACUUCACACGAUAGGGACUUUUUUCUGUCUGCAUUCGCACCGCCAUGGUACCUACUCUGAAGCAGGGUCUAAAAGGGUUCCUCUAAUCGGGGUCUAGGACCUUAAAAAAGUUCAUAGUUCCUGCGGUGGGGGGUGGGGGUGGUUCCAACAGUUCCUGCGGUCUGAAAACGCCUAUAGACACACAGAAACACACCUGUGAGAGAUGCAGUGUAGAAGAAUAAUAAAAACAUAUAAACCAAAAGCUCAGAGCAGAAACAAACAUGUCUGCACAGCUCCGGUUCGUCAAAUAAGCAGGUCGUAGACGUUAAGUGUUGCUUAGUGACCAAAUGAUGUGCAGCUAUUUUUUUAAACCUACAUAGACAAGUGGCAUGUUUGUUAAUAAAAAUCUAAAUGACAAUGUAAACUCACUUUUAAAGAAGUGAACAAUAUCAACACAUGAAUGUUGGGAGAAGAACAAAAAAGACACAUUUUCACGAUCCAGGGAGACGACAGAGACGAAGACGAGACAAAAACUCUUCUUGGACUUUUCUAAAGGUUUCCAAACCAAAGGACAGAGGCAUGAUGGGAGAAAACUUGAGAUUUUACACUGACAUUUUUCACACCCCCCCCCCCCCCCCCCCAUCUCCACCAUGAAAGCACAGACAUUUCAGUACAUCAGUAACGACUUCACUCACAGUAAAGAGAGUUUAAUGAGAUCUUUAUGAACCCGGUGGCGUUAACGCUGAUCCCUACGACAGAACAAAAUGAUCUUUAGUUUGAAGACAUUCAUCUGAGUUGAGAAAGGUGCAACGUGAUGGACUUUAUUUUAUAAUAAAUCACAUUCAAACAGACAGCUGGCUAUAAUGACUGUAAACUAAUGAGGCUACUUCCUGUCUCCACACUCCCUCUUCAGGAUAUAAACCGGUUUUCACUUCCCCUGUUGAGAUCAGUAGUCACUUGGUGGAUCAGGAGCUUGGUACUGUUGGCACCCAUCUUUGUUUACUCUUAAAGAGGACAUAUUAUCCCCCUCUUCCCCCUUUUCAAACAGUCCCCCUGUGGUCUAAAUGAAACAUCUGUGCUGUGCUUUGGUCAAAAUAUAACAUGAAUCAAGCACCAGAGGAGGUUUGUGACCCUGUAUAAACCAGCUCUCUCAGAACGCUCCGUUUUGGUGUGUGUGUCUCUUUAAAUUCAAUCAGCACCCCCCGAGUUUUCCCCGUAGACAUCACUCCUCUGUAGUGAGAAUAAGAACGGCUGACCUUCUCUAAAGUUUUGUUCUAGGCUGGAGGUGGAGAUACCAGGGGAGGUGGAGGAUUUUUUUUUUUUUUUUACCAGAAUCCCACUGUGACAUCACAAGGAGAGCACAUUUGAAACAGAGCAUUUUUCUCUGUGUUGUAAGACUCAUGCAGAACACAAACAAAGGACUGGAUGGGUUUAUUUCACAUUUUGUGGGUCAGUAGACACUCAGGUUACCAAACAUAUGUUCAAAAACACUGAAGAAGAGGAUUUUUCAUAAUAUGUCCCCUUUAAGGUUUAUUUUUGCUUGUUUUUUAUGCCUUUAUUUAGACACAAGACAGUUCAUACAGUCUUAACGUCCAUCUCACUCUUCAUCCCGUGUAAAGUCUCGGUGUUUACAGUCAUUUUGCAGUUUUUUAUUAUCAAUGUGAUUUAUUGAAGGUAAAACGAAACUCACAGCACCUUUAAAAUCUGAUCUUAAAGACUCAGACCUGAACAGUCCGACUGAAUUCACUCUCACUGCAGACGCCAAAAUCACCAACGCCACAUCCUGCACACUCCACCAUGUCUGCCUCGCCACCACACGCUUCCUGUAUCUGUGGAUAUAAAAAUAAAAAUAAAAAAACACUGGGUGAAGAUGUGAGAUCCGUCAGUUGGAGUGAGCGAGCAUUGGUCACUUUACGUUGAUUUCCUUUCUUAUUUUCUUUCAUUUCUUGAGGAAUGAUUCUGACGCUGUUUGAUGAUACUGAGAGGAUUUAACGCUUUGUUCUGAUUGGUUGUGUGUAGUAAGAAACAGGAAGUGGGUUGCUGUGACUAACACCAUGAUGACACAAAGAUUGUUCCAUGUUUAAUUUCUUUCUUUUUGUACAUUUUAAAGUGUUUUUUUUAUUGAUUAUUUGAACACACAGGGCGACUUUGUUGAGGCUCGUCGCUGUCGACACAUCUGACCUUUAAUCUGCUGUGUGCGAGAUCUGCUUUAGAUGAUGUCAUAGUUUAAUUAACCUUUAAUUAUUGGAUCAAUAUAACGACAGAUGGGAUCCUGGCUCAGGUGCAGUACAGGUAUCACUCUGGAUUUGACCUGAUGUGUCUCUGAUGUUUCUUUGACCUCUGAGGUCACACAGAGGUCACACAGAGGUCAGACCCGUCGACGGUGACUCACCUGUCCAAAGCCGCCCUGCUGCUGUACAUACUCAACCACUGAAUGACUAAAUAGUUAUUGUUGUUGUUGUUUUCAUAUCUGGAUGCAGGUGAUGUAACAAACGAAUGGUGAUGUGAGUGAUUAACCAUGAGUUACAAUAAAGAGCAUUUCUAUUUGCUUUGAGGACA